AUGGCUUCUAUACACCAGUGCUCAUAUUUGUGCCUAGCCUUGCUCAUCCUAUUCGGAGUUUGGGCUUCUCAAGCUUCCUCUCGCCUUCUCAAUGAUGAGCAAUCCAUGUCGGACAGACACGAGCAAUGGAUGGCUCAUUAUGGGUGCGUUUACAUAGACAUAGAAGAGAAGGAUAGACGUUUUCAAAUAUUCAAAGACAACGUGAAACGCGUAGGGGCGUUUAACGCGGAUUUGGACCGGAGAUACAAGUUAAGUGCUAAUCAAUUUUGCAGACCUAACAAACAUGGAGUUUCGAGCUUCUCGAAAUGGUUACAAGGGUGUUGCUGGUCAUUUUCAGCAGUGGCAGCUAUGGAAGGCAUUACCCAACUCACAACUGGAAAGCUAGUAUCUCUAUCCGAGCAAGAGCUUGUGGACUGUGAUGUUAGAAGUGAUGAUCAAGGUUGUCAAGGUGGUUUGAUGGACACUGCCUUCCAAUUCAUCAAACAAAACAAAGGGCUCACUACAAAGUCUAAUUACCCAUACACCGGACGGACUUGUAAUACCAAGAAGUCAGCUACUCCAGCAGCCAAGAUAAUUGGGUACGAAGACGUGCCAUCUAAUAGUGAGAAAGCUCUAUUGCAAGCAAUUGCAAGCUCUAUUGGGACAUGUGACACACAGCUUGACCAUGGUGUCACGGCAGUUGGGUAUGGUACUACCACUGAUGGGACUAAAUACUGGCUUGUGAAGAAUUCAUGGGGCACAGGUUGGAGUGAGAAUGGUUAG